UAGCCACGUUUCGAGUUUUACUUGAAGAAGAUGAUGAUUGAACGAUGCUGAUACACUUAUGUAAAAUACGAAUAGUUCUUGUAUAAUAAUUGUAUCUAGUAAUUAUCAAAAAGUGGAUUUCUGAAAAAUAAGAUCUGCGUAUUAUAAUAACGUAUAAUAAAUUAUACGAGUUAUUUCUUUCCGUCUAUAUCAUAUCACUACCGACAAUGAAUUGAUUUCGCUUUACCUUAAGUCGUAUACUACGCUUGUUAUAAUAGCUUGUAGUCAAUUACCAGAAGGGACUCUGUAAUUCCGUUUCAUUGCUAAUUAUAGUAUAUCGUGUUGGAUUUAAUUAUUACUAGACAAUUACGUAUACUAUUAGACUGUAAUUACAUAAAAGCAAUGUAAUAUCUGGAAGUGCUUGUAAGUUUGUGCUGAUGUUAGGUUCGAUACGUAUGAUUAAUUAAUGACGUUUAUUUUCUUAUGUGAUGGAAAAAGCAUUUCAAGACAAAGUGUUUAAUCAAUACCGAGGAAAAUUAUUCCUCUGUAAAGACAACUUUCCAGGUAAUAAUCAAUCGUAGCAACUAAGAUCGUCAGCACUUUCGCAUAAAUGCUGUUUUACUCCAAUAUUAUACGUGAAACUUCUCCCGCAGUCUGUCGAAUAAUCUUAAAGGAAUAAUGAGCAAUUCAAGUGUUCUACAAAUAGGCUUCCGCAUUUCCGAAAGUAAAACAACUUUCGCAACUUCAAAAGAUAUCAGUGUUUCGAAUUAUGUUUAACAUGUGUGACUUAUGAAAACAUCACGUAAUUGCAUAAAAAUAUCGAAAUUAGAGAAGCUUGCGAUAUUAAAACUAGAUUUUGUCAAUACUUAAAUUAUAUUUAAUUAUAUUAUUUUUUUAAUACUUAAAUUUUAAAAGACUGGUUUGUAGAAUUGUAAUCAAUGUCAUCCAAAUAGCUUAAUGUUUUUUAAUAGAGUAUCACGUACAUUGAAAUUCCUCGAAAAUUGAUGUAGUCUGCUCCAAAUAUAGGAUGUAAUAGAUAAUGUUGCUUAUAUUUUAUGCAACGCGCAAUGCUUGGCGCCUCACGACAGUGUUAUUACAGUAUUUACACGAAUAAAUAAUCUUAUGCGGAUGAUUAAAGUUCGUAUUAGGCCUGCUUGAAUGUCCAUUGUGAGUUGCACUUCCGUGUGUUAUUAUGAAGGAUAAAAUAACGCUGGAUAAAAUAUUCGUGUUUGUGAGAGUAUACUUGACGUUCGCAUGCUGUUGGCCGCUGCCAUCGAACGCAACGAAGCGUCAAAGACUUCUUCGCACUGGCAUUCGAUAUUUUGGUUGCGUGAAUUCAAUGACAUUUAACAUUGGGGCGGUAUGGACGCUCUAUAAACACAGCGACGACUCGCUACUUGUGAUGAAACUAGGAUGCCAAUUGAGCGCCGUUUUGCAAGUUCCGUUACAGCUGAUACUUUUCGCGUUGCAGGGCAAACGUUUGCAGUAUAUUGUUUCGGAAAUGGAAAAUUAUUACAAGCAAACGCAAAAAUAUGAAAAGAAAAUUUUUCAACAGUAUAUUAAUACAAGCAUACCAUUUUAUGGUAUCAUUCUUUUCUGGCUGGCAAUGACAGGUAUUUCCGUGAUAUUCGCACCAUUGUACACGUCGCAACCGUUUCCGUGUGAAGUGGAGUACCCAUUUGACGUACAUUAUCAACCAUUGAAAACUAUUAUCUACGUACAUCAUAUGUUGACUGCUUAUCAAAGUGUAAUACAAGUUAGCGCCAAUAUUUUUCCUGCUCUUCUACUUUGGUUUGUAGCCGCCAGAUUCCACAUUUUGUCCGUCCGGUUCCGUACGAUGACGAACAUGAAGGAGCUCAUAAAAUAUACGCGAGAACAUUAUAUAUUACUCAGAUAUGCAAAAGAAGUGACGCUUGCCGUACGUUAUAUAGCACUAUUAUGCGUAACUUUCAGUACUGGUGCCGUAAUAUUCGGUUAUCUUACCUUUAUGAGCCGUCAACCAUGGUCAGUGAAAUGGACGUUUCUCAUGAUAGCUUUCUGCGGCUUUGUAGAACUUUAUAUGUAUGCCUGGCCAGCUGAUAAUGUAAUGAGCACGAGUAGUGACAUUGCGAUCGCCGCCUACAAUUCACUAUGGUACAACAAUGAUUUGGCCACGCGAAAGAUUUUAGUACAUGUUAUACAAAGAAGUCAACGUCCCGUCACUAUUUCAGUUCCAUGUGCAUUACCAAAUUUAUCUAUGAAGUAUUACGCGUCGUAUAUCUCAACUGUUUUUUCAUACAUGGCGUCUGUGCGUCUUAUAAUGGGCCAAGAGUAGAAGGAAAAAAUCUUAACUAUAGUAAAACUUUGCGCAACUGUAUUUUUAUGAAAUGUCUGCUAUAAUUCUAUAAUAAUAGAAUUGCAGGAUUAUAAUAAAACUUGCACAUAAAAUGACUCCAAAAAUAGCUUUAUAAUUUCCAUCUCUUCUCGCCGCGCGUUUUUACUCGCACGGAUUGGUCGACUUUUUUAAAUUAAUUUCUUAUUAAUUACUGCGAAACUUGCAAAACGGUAGAAAACUUUCCUACUCGGUUUAACUCGCUCUACUUAUACACGAGAGGUGAUGCGAUUAUACAGGGUGUCCCAGAAUUAUCGCACUACCUGCUAAUGACAGAUUCUUGAGAUCAAUUGAAAACGAUUUUUCCUCAGCGAAAAUGUUGAGAGAGGUCAUUAUUUUUUGCAAGUUUCCAAUUUUUUUUAUCAUAUAUCUUUGUAACUAAGCCUUAAAUUAAAAUUCUCCUUCUAUUAAAGUGAACUCUAUCUGAAAUUAACUAAAGAAUGUAAUUUUAAUUCUCUAUAAAGUUUAGUUUGCAAAAAGUCUUUCUUUUUUAAUUGCUUAUAACACGGAAAUUAUUGAUGCUUCGAUAUUUUCGCUGAAGAAAAAUCGUCUCCAAAUGAUCUCAAGAAUCUGUCAUUAGCAGGUAAUUCUGGGACACUCUGUAUAUUACCAGGCACUUUCUAUUUAUAAUAUAAACCUGUAAUUGUAUAUGUCAGUUGAUGCAAUUACAUGAUUUUUUUAAAUUACACUUAAAAUUUCGUCUUUUGCAGUUAAAUUUUUAAUUAAUAUUUGAUUAUUUGUUAUAAAACAUACAACAAA